UACUGCAACAGGUUGGAUUCGUGCUAAGGGAAUAAAAUAUUUGUGGUUGCUAGGAGACUCUAGAAGCGUAGCUCGAACUGCCACGGCGCACCUAUGUGACGUUCUUUGUAGCGCAACGUAUGAAUUCGUUAGUACCAUUGGAGACACGAGUGUCGGUUGUAAAUUUUAGUGUUCUAAAAUCGUCUAUGGCACUGAUAGCAAAAAGCUGAAUAAUCUGAAACUAAAGUGCACUUCAAGACACCUAGUGUUUCUCUUACAUUAGAAACAAGGAUUUAAAUGUUGCUGUUUUUUAGUGACUUUACAAGAAUGGACAAACGUUGCACUUUGUGAUCUAGAAACUUUAUUAAUGUCGGAUCCAGAAGAAAAUUUACUUGUAAAUGUUCUUGCUUUACGGAAGUGUUUAAUGAAGACUGAAAAGAGUUUGCAGAACAUUCAAGAGGAACUAGUCGAUGGCUCCAAUAGUGCAUCAGUAAAGAGUUCUGUGUGCAACGAUCCAGUUGCUUUAACUCUGGAAGAUCUACAAAGACCUGAUGAAAGAGAAACAUUAUCUUUCCAUCCUCGCUUCACCAGCACUAGCAGAAUGUCGGACAGCAAUCCAAGAGCUCGUUCAGGUUUCUCUACAUCGCUGAAGAUGCUAGAAAUUGAAAACGAGAAACUGAAGAGGAAAUUGAGUACAAUCUGUGAGGAAAACUCUUCACUGGUUGCCGAAAAUGAUUGGCUGAAGGCUGAAAUGGACUCAUUACAGUCUGAACUAUCUAACUCAAAGUCAAAGAUUUGUUAUCUUGAGUCUAACUAUGAAGCCAAGGUGUCCAAUGUGCCAGACUUAAAAGAACAUAUCAUUAGCUUGGAAGCUGAAGUUAAUGCUCAAGAAAAUGCCUUAAGAGAUGCUGAAAGAAAGCUUGAACAGAGCCAAUUAACAGUGCUUGCAACUGAAAGGGUAGUUGACAAGCUUAAAGAGGAGCUAAAAAGAGUGAAAUCUGAAUGUGCUGAAAAGACAUGGCAAGCAAAAAGAACGGAACAGCAAAGAAAUGAAGCUUUAUAUAAUGCAGAGAAGCUAACAGUAGCACUUCAACAAUGCAAAGAAAACUUUUCAGACAAGUUAAAAAAGGUCCUUGGCAGUGAAAAUACUUGUAAGGAGAGUCUGGCACAGUGUAACCAUGAAAGGCAACAGGUUGAAAGGAAAUACUUGACUCUUGAAACAGAAAUUGAUCAAUUAAGACAGCAAAUGAGGCAGUUGAAGGAGGACAUUAGUAAGGAGAACACAGCAAAAUCACAACUAGAGUCUGAAAAAAACAAGACAUUAAGUCUCCUGGAAGAUGCAAAGCAAACAAUUUCUAGGCUUGAAAAGGAGCUAAUAGACAAGGAAAACAUUAUAAAAGAAAACAACUGUUUAAAAAAUGAAAACGAAGAACUACAGUCAACUUCAAAUGACUUAAAGGAAAAACUAAUUCGGUUUGAGCAGAAAAUGGUGGAGAAUCAAGAUGAGUUAACAAGUCUUGAAUCCAUUUUACACCAGUUUUCUUUAAAGGAGAACAUUGGGAUAAAGACAUACGAGAAGAAAGAAAGUCAAAAUUUAGAAUCAUUUGUUCAUGAUUUAAGAAUGCAGCUAGAAUUGAAAGAGGGUGAGAUUAAGAAGCUUCAGACAGAAAUCACUUCCUAUAAAAUGAAUGAUCAUCUGUCUCCGGAAAACCAUGAAAAUGGACAAUACAGCCACUUUGAAAAAACAGGAGAAAGAAAAUACCAUCAAAUGUUACCACUUAUCCUUGGUCUAAAAGAAGACAAGAAAAAACUUGAAGAUCUUGUUCAGAUGUUCCGGAAAAAACAAGCAGAAGCAGAAGUUAAAAUUUCAUCUUUGGAGACUCGAAUGGCCCAGAGGACUACUCAGUUUCAGCAGAUACAAGAUGAACUUCUAGAUAAAGCUGCUGAAUCAGUUAAACUGGAAAAAGAGGUGAAAAAGAAAGAAAGCCAAAUUUCAUCAUUAGAGGCACAGCUUGAGGAAAAAAUCAGCUUAUAUUCUACAACAGCAAUCCGAAUUGCUGACUUGGAGGAGGAACUGGAAGGGAAAAACAAUCAUAUCCAUUUUCUGGAAGUAUCUUUAGGAAAGGAAAAACAGGAGGCUUUGCAGACACGAGAAAAUCUAAAAAAAGCCCACAUGGAUAAAUACACUGAAUUGGAAAAUCAGGUUGAUAUGUUACAGAGUGAUCUGGAACACAAACAGCUUCAGCUGAGGGACCAAGAAAGGAGACUAGCAGCUCUGCAACAUGAGUGUCUAACCAAUCAGCAACAAGCAGAGUCCUUGGAAUCUGCUUUGACAGUGGCUCGGCAGGAACUGGAAAAAGCAACAAAGUGCAACAAAGAAGCACUAAAGGAGUUCCAGAAUCAAGCAACAGAUUCAGCAAACAAGAUUAGGUACCUGGAAGCAGCACUGACAACAUGUGAUAAUGAACUGAAAUGCUGUAUACAGAGAGCUGAAGAGGACAAGAAUUUAUUUGAGAAACAGCUCAAGAGGAAAUGUGAAGAGGUUCAGCAAUUGCAAAAAGAACUUAAGUGCAGUAUAGAGACUUUGCAAGAAACCAGUGAGCAGAACAUGCGCCUGCAACAGAUGCUUGAAGAACAGCAGUUAAUGUUACAGCAGUCCACCACCAGAGUCGGAGAGCUGGAGGAUCAUCAAUCGGAGCUACAGAAAAUGAUUUCAUCACUUGAACAAGAAUUGCAGAAGCAGAAGACAGCUACCAAAGAUCAGCUGAGGACAGUGGAUGAACAUCUUCAGACUGCUCGCCGUGAUAUUGAAUAUAAAGAUCUCCAAAUUUCUGAAUUAAUGGAAACUGCCAGGCAAGUGAAGAUGGAAAGAAAUAAUGACAAGGAAGAGCUGAACAAAAUGGAAAAAGAGAUGUUGAGGUUACGCAAUGACAGCAGCAGCCAGGCCAUCCAGCUAAGCCAGCUUGAGGUCAAUUUACAAGAAACAAAGGAGCAGCUUGAGAAAAAAUCUGAUCUUGUGAUUGAUUUGGAAGAGCAACUUCAUCGCAGUGAGGCGGAUCGUCGCAAUUCCCUGCAGAGGACCCAGGAGUUUGAGGACCAGCUGAAAACGGUGCGUGGUGAACUUAUGGACACCAUUCAGCAGUUACAACAGUUGCAAGAUGCACUGCAGCAGUGUCAGUUAUCUACAGAAGAGAAAGAUUUGACCAUUCAAAAAUUGUCUGCUGAGCUGAGGGAUUGCAAGAAUGAGUUGGAUGACAGAAACAAUGAACUACUUGACAUGGAUCAGGCACUAAAGGAACGCCAAUGGGAACUUAAGCAGAGGGCAGUUCAGCUAACAAAAUUAGAUUUAACAAUCCGUGAACACCAGGCAGAAAUGGAAGAGAAACUCUGCCAACUUGAAGGGGCUUUGGCAAAGUCUAAACAGGAGUUGACAGAACGUAAUAAACAGAUUGAAAUACUGGUUGAUAAACUGAAGAUAGCUGAAGAAGAGUUGCAACAAAAGGAUGAUUUUGAAAAGCAGGCUGUGGAGCACAGACAGCAGGUGAGGCUUGCCAGAGAGCAACUCCAGCAAGUCCACAGAGAGCUGGCAGAGGCUAGAAAAGAAGGAGAACGGUUAGCUGAAGAGCUUAAUGAAACCAUCCAGAUAUCACAUGAGAAGGAGGCUCGUGCAAACCGUUUAGCUGAAGACCUGGGUGUGGCUCAUGCCCGGUGCUCACAGAUUGAAGCCAGAAUGAAGGCAAAGAUAGAGAAACUUCAAGGAGAUUAUUUCCAUCAUAAAGAAGCACACAAACGAGAGAUUUUAGGGCUCCAGGAGAACCAAACCAGCUCAUUGGCUUCUUCUGGUACACUCUCUACCAAUCUAAAAAACACCCAGGAAUAUCUAAAAGAGAAGCUGCAGCAGAGAGAAAGAGAUCUGGAGGAAGCUGAAGGCAAUAUUCUUCAUCUGCAGGCUGAGCUACAAGAACGUGAUGAUGUAAUUCAAGCUGGGAAAGAGGCUCUAUUAAUUAAAAAGUCUGAAGUUGCAAGAUUGCAGGCCAAAAUCUCCAGUUAUGAGAGAGCAAUGAGAAUGAAGGACUGCAGUUUUCAUCAUCUUUUAAAGUCUGAUGCUGACAGAAAAGAUUCUACUCUGAGAAGUUGUUCCAGCCUUCGUGAAAAGUUAAAGACCUGCAGCUGGUCAAAUGCUGAAUCUGUGGAUCUUGAAAGAGAUAUUGAAGACAGUCUGGAUAAUUCUCCUAUUCAGCCUCUGAAAUUGAGUGGAGAAUGCUGCAGUGAAAGUGACAUUUCUUUAGCAGGAGUCGGUUUGCAGGAUGAAUCUUCAUUUAAUCCACUCACAUACAAAGUAGACAAUAAUAUAAGUGACUUUAUGUCUGAUAAAUCUGAUUUAGACUCUCUGAGUGGAAUGUUAAAGUUUAUCAGUGAAGAAGUGAGUGCCAAAUCCCAGUCCCUUAGAAAGUCAUCAAGUCUGGCUUCAUUAAAAUCUGUUCAUGAACAACAGAAUAAUAAAACUGAAGACCCAUUUAGCAGCUGUUUCAACAACUGUCGAAAAUGACCAUUUACUUUCCAAUUCUUCAUAUCAGAGCCACUGAGCGCACCGAACACUCAAGGACUUGAUGCCCCAUCAAGAUGGAAGUUGUUAUGCAGGGGAAAAAAGGAAAGAAAACGAUAUUUUUGUAUGUAAAUAUUUUUUGUAGUGUAAAUGAAUUUAAUCUAAAUAGAAAUAUUUUUACAAUUAUUAUUUUACAGUUAUUAUUUUUCACAGCAAAAUAAAGAGCAGUUCA